UUGUGUGAUUUUCAGUGCCCUCUUUGCAUGGAACUUUUGGAAAUUGACGAUAUCGAUUUUUAUCCAUGCAAAUGCGAGUAUCAAAUAUGUCGAUUCUGUUGGCACCGUUUACGAACGGACGAAAAUGGGCUGUGCCCAGCGUGUAGACAACCGUACCCGGAGAAUCCGGUGAACUUUAAGCCGCUUUCGGCAUCCGAUCUGUUGAAGAUCAAAUCCGAGAAGAAACAGAAGCAACAGCAGCAACGAUUGAAGAUUUGUGAAUCACGUAAACAUCUUUCGGCGUAUCGGGUCCUACAGAAAAAUCUCGUUUAUGUUGUUGGCUUAUCGACGAGGGUCGCAGAUCCGGAAAUUCUGAAGAGGCCGGAAUAUUUUGGGAAAUACGGUCGUAUUCUUAAGGUGGCUGUUGGGUCGUUUGCAUCGUCGAAUGGCCCACAGUCAGCGUCCUGUACAGCUUAUGUAACUUAUGCGAAAUACGAGGAUGCGUUAAGAGCUAUUCAGUCAGUGAAUAACGCACAAUUGGAUGGUCGUAUUGUGAAGGCGUCGUUAGGUACAACGAAGUAUUGUUCGAGUUUCUUGCGGAGUCAGCCGUGUCAUAAACCGGAGUGUAUGUAUUUGCAUGAUGUGGCUGAUAACGAAGUAAGUUUCACGAAGGAUGACAUGCAUUUGGGUAAGCAUGCUGAAUACGAGAAGAAACUCAUCGAGACAACACUGUUGAAAGAUAAAGCGAAUCAGAAGGAUACCAACAGACCGUGUCUUAUCGCGAAUAAUCGACAGAAACAUUCACAAAGUAAAAGUGCAGAACGGAGUACAUCCCUGUCAACGCAUGUGAGUAGUGGCGGUGGAGCUGGUUCAACAGAUAAAACGCCCGCAGUGAACAUCACUCAGCAGCAGCAACAGCAGAACACAACAUCAUCAUCGUCUUCGUCAUUAAGUAGCAAUUGUAAUUCGAGACGUGCCAAUCGAUCGGGAAGUAGACCACCGAAUGAUGUUAUUACCUCACGAGAGAAGACGAAUCGUACACCGAAUAACGAGAUGACGAAGAAUAAAUCGGUGGAAUCGAAUCUGAAUAAUCAUCAUCAGUAUCGUCAUCAUCACAGUAGAGAGGCGUCUGGAGGAUCGGAUGAAAACUCAAAACCGGUCAUAAAUAAUAUAAAACGAACUAAAGACGAUGCAACAACGAGAACGAAAUCGACAGCGAUUGGUUCUCAUUGUCAUAAUCGUAAUCACAGUGGCGGUGAUAAUAGUAUCAAUGAGAAUAUGAGUGUGAGUUCGUGUGAUGAUGACGAUACAUCUCAGCAGCAGCAGCAGCAGCGUGUUUGCAGCAAGAGUGAAUCGAGUAAGGCACAAAAACAACAUCAGAAGCAACAUCAUUCGCCUACAUCAAAUACACUGAGAUCACGACUGGUGCAGUGGACAUCGCCCGAACGAGCGUUGCCCAACGAUACGACAAGACAUAGUAGUUGUGAAAACAUUGAGAAGAGUAAACAAAUAAUAAAAGAAGAGCAGACGUCUUUGUCGUGUACCGAGCUACGAUCAGAUGGUGCUGAGGUAGAUGAGAGUUUGUCAAACUCAUCGAAGAGUAAUCGAAAGCAAUCAGACGAUUCAACGAAAUCAUUAUCAUGCCAAAAAGUAUCUGGUACAUCAGUGGCUAGUACUGAUAAUGCGAAUCAAUCGAAUGAUGCUAAUAAAUGUGUAUCUAUUAUUUUUGCUUACUUACUACGUAUCAUUUCUGUAAGUAUCAUGUGCACUUUCGGGUUGUUUCAAAAUCGGCAUCGUUUCAUCGCCGAUAUAAGCUCAAAACUUGGUGGCGGUUGUUAUUAUUUGAUGGUGGCGAUUGCAGGAUUUGAUCCCUUCUCGGAAUCAGCGAAAGGGUUAGCGGAUUUAUUGGAAGAAGAAAAAUCUCAUCAACCGACUUUACAAAAGAGCAGUGCGUCAAUGCCGUCGUCGAUGAUGUGUCUGGGUGUUGGUAUGCAACAGUGCGGAGGAUGGCCAUCGGUUGCUGCUCUGAACGGAUACAGUAACGGUGCAGCGUAUGUCACAACGACGAGCAUCCCAUCGUCGACAUCGCCACAGUGCAAUGUCCUCUCAAGACUGAGUGCAAUUCAACUACCGAACGCCGCCUAUUAUCCGGGCGGCGUGGUGACCACGUCGAGCACCAACAAUACGCCAACACCAACUGCAGUUGGUGCUGGCGCUUGUUCGGAUUAUUUCAACUCGAUGCCGAUGGCAGGCAUGAAUAUGGCUGCGAUGAUGAGCAUGGGUGCACUGAAUGCGGUCAGUAUGCCAUCGAACACCACCGUUAACAUGUCGUCGUCGAAUAUGUUAACGACAACCAAUGCUGCUGGUCAGUGUGAUUUACAACAACAACAAGCAAAGACGAAUCUCUUAUCGUCUUCCAAUUCCCUUUCGUUCUAUUUGCCGUCUCAACAGCAACAACAAGCACAACAACUUCAAAAUCAGAGCCAUUUACAUUCAUCGUCGUCCUACACAAGCAAUGGUUCCAAUCCGGCUGUAAGCAAGUGUUUAUCGCAGCUCUCUCAGUUGUUAUCAAGACGGCCCUACUCGGACCCUCCACCAGGUCUAUCCUCCAACGGCACCUAUCAGGCAUACAGCAAUGGCGCCUAUCAGGCAUCGCCAUCACCAGCCACCAACACCUAUUCAGCAGUUCCAUUCGUUACACAACCGUCCAACAACAACACCGCUAUUCCACCACCAUCGAAUGUGGCGGCAGCACCGUCGAUUGACAGUGCGCAAUUGAGUGAAUGGCAACAAGGCUUGAAAGCACUCCUACCGAACGUCAACGUUCGAUUCGUGUCUGAGCUGAACGCUGCUGGCUAUCCAUCGACGAAAUCAUUGACCUCAGCAACUCUUCACCAGCAGUCACAGUCCCCAGGCACACCACAACACCAACAACAACUGCACUCGAACAGAUCUGUGGCUGCAAUGAUCGCUUACGCAAACGGCAAUAACGGCAAUCAGUCGUCAUCUCCAUCCCAAAUCCCCAUGAAUCCACUAUCAAAUCAAGCGCAAUCUCAGCUCAACUCAAUGCUCUCAACCAGUGCAGCAAUGAACGCUUCUCCGACGACGUCACAGUCAUCGUCGAGCGUUUCAUACGCUCACCACCAACCGGUAGUACCACAGUGGAUGCCUCCACCACCCGGCUUCUCGCAUAUCUCGAAGCGGUAA